UUGAAAUGCCCUACGUGCGGGAAAAAUUACAAGAGACGAGCCUGGUACAUUAAACACCUAAAAACACAUAAUGGUGUUGAAGCGCGACAAUCGUUGGUAAGUUCUUCAAUUAUCACUUCGGAUAGAGUUGACCCUCACGUAUCCCAUGGUGAACCAUUAACUGGAAACCACCAGGAGUCCAUUAACAUCCGGACACGUCUUAGCAUUCCUAACAUGAAACAAUCGACUUGGAAAGUUCACGACGACAAUUUAGCGGUCCUGUUAAAGCAUCCGGGCUCGAAACAGGAAUUGAACUCGCAGGUAGAAACUUUCCAAAAUACCGUUUAUGACUACUUCAACGAGCAAUAUCCACCACGUAAUCAUUACGCUCGCAAAAAUAAAGAAAAUUCGUUCAAGAUAAAAAUGAGGAAGAAAAAACGGGAAUUAAUAAAAAAUCUACGUAUAGCCAAAGCUCUAGGCGACAACCACCUUAGUCAUCAGCUAGCUAGGGCGUUAAGGUCAAUCCUUAAAUUAAUUCAAGGAAUAUCGGCACAAACUGCAGGAUAUCGCGGUAAUUUUGACCGGGCCAAACAGGAAGUAGAUUUUGAUAAAAACCCUUUUGAGUAUUCGAAAACCAUUUUUAAGAAAGAACGCGGACAGCUUCUCUUGACCAACGAUCAAAUUUACGACCAUUUCAAGAGCACAUACGAAGUGCCUAAAAGUGUAAGGCUCUAUACGGAUCCAAACGAACAAAAACCGGAAAUUCCUCAUAUCGAUUUUCACGGCAUACCACCAACGUUAGACGAAAUAAGUAGUCACAUAAAGAGGAAAUCAUCUAAAUCUGCACCGGGCCCCGAUGGUAUCCCAUAUAUAGUCUUUAAAAAAUGUCCAUCGGUUCGUAAACACCUCAUAAAUAUAUACGGCAAAAUCUGGUCAAGGAAGCAAAUCCCGGAGUGUUUCGGGAAAGCAAUUUUUGUCCUCAUUCCCAAAAAAGAUCGAGUUACCGAUCCGAAGGAUACUAGACCGAUAGCCUUAACAAAUACAAUUUCUAAAAUCUUUUUCUCGGUCCUACAAACGAGAAUGACGCGAUUCAUGCACAGCAACAAGUAUUUUAGGCCAAAUCACCAGAAAGGGUUUCUACCCGGGAUUUCUGGAUGCCUAGAACACAACACCUUGCUGUCGGAGAGUUUGAAAGAUGCUAGAAAAAGCGAGCGGCAAAUUACAGUUUGUUGGAUAGACUUAGAGAACGCGUUCGGGUCGAUACAACACGAGUUGAUGCUAUUCGCGCUUAGAUGGUACAACUUUCCACCCCUAGUUAGAGAUAUGAUCGCGUCGUAUUACUCAAAAUUAAGGUUUUCUAUAAUAACUAAAGAAGGCCCUUCAAAAAGUUUGAGUUAUAAUGUAGGACUGUUUCAAGGUUGUUGUCUAUCUCCAAUUACGUUUAAUAUCGUUAUUAACAUCUUAGUAGACAAAUUAAUCUGUAACGAGAAAAAAUGGGGUUAUCGGUUUAAGUUUAAUAAUAAAUACACGGAAUCCAUUUUAGCCUUCGCUGACGAUCUCGCAAUACUGACACGUCAUCCCAAACACUGUCAAGUACUAUUGGAUGAAGUGGAUAAAUUCUGUGAGUGGACGGAUGGAUUGAGGACAAAACCAAGUAAAUGUCACUGUUUGUGUCUUGGUAGGCGGAAUACAAGAUACACCUCAUACGAUCCGGGACUAUCGAUAGGCGGUCAAUGCGUUUCUACGGUUACGGAAGAUGCACCAUUCAAGUUUCUCGGUCGUAAGAUUGAUAAUAUAGGUCGUACUCCAUCUUUAGAAGGAAUAGUAGAUAGCUUUUUAAAUGAUCUUAACAAGGUAGAUAGCCAGCAGAUCAGUAACGUAAAAAAAGCAUGGAUCUACGAUAAUUACUUAACUUCACGUUUGAAUUGGCCUUUCCUCGUCUAUGAUUUUAGUAAAACCCUUUUAUCUAAAUUAGAUGCAGGCGUCAUAAAGAUGUUGAAGUUGUGGCUCGGGCUCGCGCUAACGGCUGAUUCAUCGGCUUUAUUCAGGGAUCGUAAUAGUUUUGGGAUGAAUCUAAAAAGACCAUCGGAGCUCUACAAACACCUAAGAGUUUCCAAGAGACAUAUCCUGGGAAAAUCCCAUGAUGACGUCGUUACAUCACUCCCAAAAGACAAUGAUGCCCCAGAGCUAGAGUCACGACUUCAAUUCCAUAAACAAUUUAUGAUCGGAGCGCAAAAUAACAGAGUAGGGUUAGGAUCAAGUAGGAAAGUCCAAGAUACGGAUAUAUUGAAGUCUUUUAUUCGGCAAGACGAGAACGAUAAAUACAAGAUCCAUGCAAUGAGUUUAGAAAUGCAGAACGAGUGGUUAGACAUGGGAGAUUUUUGCAUUCCACUAGCACUAAAAUGGCGCACCCUAAUUCAUGACUGGUCGCCAGCCUUGCUAAAAUUUUAUCUCAAUGCGUUCCAGAUGACUCUCCCAGAUCAGAGUAAUUUAGUAAGAUGGGGUAAAGGUACCGAAAAAACUUGCUAUAUCUGCGGAAAGGCAGUUGGAACUGCCAAGCAUUUGCUGGUGGGAUGUAAGGUUCUCCUGGACAGCGGUCAAUACUCGCGUCGUCACGAUAGGGUUUUAGAGAUCAUACGUGAAGCGGUUAGUCUUUCGGUAGCCAGAGCGCAAAGGGAAAUAACCACAAACGAGCGAUCAAUAGGUUUUGUGAGAGAGGGCACCAGGGCUAUAAAAUCAAACGUCAAGCCUUACUCUAUCCUUAAAGCGGCUUCGGAUUGGACUAUCAUGAUGGAUACGUAUGAGAAACAAUACAAAAUCCCCGAGGAUAUUUGUGCGUCGGCCUCCAGACCAGACAUAUUUCUAUAUUCGCGUAUUUUAAAGCGCGUUGUGAUGAUAGAGCUUACGGUGCCUUGGGAAACCAACAUCCCCAAAGACCAUGCCAUCAAGGUCAAUAAGUAUUACGAGCUCACUAACGAACUAACUCGAAAUAGGUUCGUCGUUGAUUUGUACGCGGUAGAGGUGGGAGCGAGAGGUAUAACAGCUAAAUCUCUCUAUAACCUACUAAAAGACUUGGGCCUGUCCAGAACUAACAUUAAUUCAUUCUUAGAACGUACGUCGAAGGCAGCCCUAGUAGGUUCUUUUCAAAUUUGGUUAGGUAGGGAGAGGAACUUGGACAGUGGAGGUGAGCGUAUAACGCGCGUUAGUUAA